AUGUCGGUCUCGGUGUCGCUGCGCAAACGGCGCUCAGUCGCAUCACGGCCUGUCACCAAUCGACCACAGACCAUCACGGGUCAGCAGAACAGAGCGCUCAACGAAGAACAGGAACGCGAACGACAAGCCAAAGAGCUGGAUGCGCGUCGACGUCGCGCUCGUCGUCGUCUUGAUGAGCUAGAGCGCAUCAACUACCGUGAUGCUCCAACGGCUUCUGCUUCAUUUUCGGUAGCGCCUAAUUCUUCCACCGGCUCACUAGACGCAUCCACUUCUGCAGCGCCCGACUCUACGGCGGCAACUGCAGCAGACGUGGACUUGGUAGGCGCAGCAGCAGCAACAGUCGGAGUGAGUCUAGCGCAGAGAAGGAGAAAUCAGGCCGAAAUCAAGAGGAUCCUCGUCGGUGGGCGAAGAAAUCUUCAUUCAAUAGUGGAAGAAUUGAUCGAUCAAGGUAGGCUGCCCUUGCGAGGCGGCAAAAAUAGGGCCAACUGGAGAAGCACAAGGUCAGCACCGUCGCAGAAACCGGCAAGGAAGUAUUGUACCAUCUGUGGCUACUACGGCGAUCUGGCUUGCAUUCGAUGCGGUCAUCGAUACUGCUCGAGGCGGUGUCGAGAUGUACACGACGAAAAUCGGUGUGAACGCCCACUACGCUAA